AGAUAUAGAUAUUUUAAAAAUAAAAAAGAGAAAGGAUUUAGUUUCCUUGCUUAACUCGGCUGCCUUCGUUAUUUAACCUACUAAUGCCUCAUUCGAACAUCAACUGCCUCCUUGCUGCUGUGCUGUUUCAGUGAAUCAACCAUCUAUCUCAAUUACAGAUUGGCACUUCUCAAAACAGAUGGAGCUAAAGCAGAUUUCUUGUGAUGAGUCGGCAAGUUACGAGUCGUUAAUUGCUGAAAACCGCGAUGAGAAUGAGACUAAAAUUGAUAACACAAGUGAGUCACACCUGCUCAGUAUUCCAUUGCAUAUUUUGGAAAUGGUUAUGGAGCAUUUUCGUGAUGUCGAGUUCAUGAAUUUCCGUGCUACAUGCAAACAUUGUUAUUUAGCAGCACCAUUAAGGAGACCGCAAAUGUCUUCACCAUGGUUGUUGGUGUUACGCAAGAAUCAUGACAUUAUUAGUUUGAUAGAUCCGAUGUGCGGUGACGAGUAUGUUGUAAAAACACCUCGAGAAUUACUCCACAGUCAAUGCUCAAUAAUAUGUUCUAGGUAUGGUUGGUUGUUGAUGCUUAACAAUCGUGGACACAUCCACGAGUUGGUGUUCUGUAACCCAUUUACAGGUAAAAUCCGUAAGCUACCUUCAGCAAAGCCUUGUUCUUUUGGAAGCCUUUGUUUUUCAGCGCCACCUACUUCCCCCGAUUGUAUAGUUGUUGGAUUCACAACACACGGGCCCUAUCAUGUCUACAUCCACUUUAUGUCUCGGGAACCACCAUCAUGGCGUAGGUAUCGUUGGGAUGAUUAUGGCAAUGAUCCGCAUUCUGAUCUCUUUCCAACAUUCAGUGGCCGGAGUAUUUAUGCCUUGUGUAACAAUGGAAGAGUUGAUGCUUUUAGUUUUAGCGACAGGGGUAAAGGAGAUUACUCUUUGAAGGUUGUUAAAGUCGAAGCCCCUACAAGACCUCGGGCAAACUUCUAUCUAUCAAAAUGUGAUCAACAUCUUUUACUUGUUAUCGUGGGUGAGUAUGGAGGAGAAUCGGUUGAGGUGUUCAAACUAAAUGAUUCUACAAAAGAAUGGGAGAAAAUAAAUGAUUUAGGAAAACACAUGAUUUAUAUAUCUGAAACAUCAUGUAUCUGCCUUGAUGCCAAAUCACCACAAAUGGGGAACAAGAUCUACUUUCCAAGAUAUCACAAGAACGAUACGAAAGCCAAAUCACCACAAACGGGGAACAACAUCUACUUUCCAAGAUUAUUAGACAACUCGAAUACGAAGAUAGUGUUCUAUUCACUCGAGACACGCAGGUAUCACACAUUCGAUGACAAAAAUAUCCAAGAAAGUUGUGCUGAUUUACUUGGAAUGUCACAACCUUGCAACCCUCAUACAUGGAUUGAAUAAAGUUGUACCCUCUAAGAUAACAGUAUGUGGCACAUUAGACCUGUGGCAAUAUUUAUUUAUGCAUUUUAUAAUACUAACAUAUAAUGUUCCAUA